AUGGAAAAAAUGGAAAUGGUUUCAUCUCAUUUGCCUCUUGUAAAAGAUAGAGGAGAAUGGAAUCAAUAAACAUUUAUAAUAAGACCAAAAUUCGAAAAGAAACAACGAUAAAGUAUUGACAAUUAAUUGGAAAUACAGUUUCCAUUGCAUAGAGACUUUGACUUUGUAGCUAAUCAUGCUAUGGGUUUCAAAGGAAAAGGAAAUGUGGACUUAUUUAAGUUUUACUAUAGAUUGUACAUGAAGAAUAAAUUUGCAAUACAGAAAAUUAGAAAGGAAAAGAAAGCCAAAGAUGGAUAAAAAAAGAAUGAAAAAACUAAAAAAUAAUAACUUAAUUAAACUGAAGAACCAAAUACAGAAGAGAUACGUAAUGCUUACAAAACAAUAUAGAUUAAACCACCAUCUUAACAGAAAUAACUGAAAUUUGUUAGAGAAUGCAUUAAAAAUUUAUAAUAAUAAGCUGCUAUUGUCAAUAAACAUAUAGAAUUACCUAAAUUAGUAUCUCCAUAAACUCAAAUCAAAAUAGUUAAUAUAGAUACAUAUAAAAUUCCUUAAGCUAAAACAAGAGAUUAAUAAUUUGAACUGGAAGAAUUAAUGCUAAGUAGAGUAGUGUAAGCAAUAUAAGAAUCUCAAAUGGUUUCACAUGAAGAUGUAAGAAAGGUAAGAGAAAUCAUUAUGUAACGACACAAUUAAUUGAGUAAGAUGGAAAGAGAAUUAUAAUUAAAUCAAAUUCUUGGAAUCAAAAAAUAAAUCUAUGAGAGAGAGAUGGCAUUAAAGAAUGAACUUAAUAAACCUCCAGGAAUUGAUAAUCCUGAUAAUUUUAAUGAAUUAAGUUCCAUUUAAGAAGUAUCAAUUAUUAGAUCUAUGCAAUUUAAAUCAUAGCCUAAUGUGAGUGUUACUGAAUAUAAAUUUAAUAAUUAUGAAGAUGAACCUGAAUUAGAAGAUAUAACUAAUAAAACUAAAAUAGAUUUAAAAUAGAAAUAAAUAGAAGAAACACUUAUUCAAGAAUAAUCAACUGAAAUGCAAUCUAUUUUAUAAUAAAUUAGAUCCAGUUCACUUGUUACAAAAGGAAAUGAAACUGAACAUAGUAAAGAAAAGAUCUAAGAUAAAAAUAAAUUAUUACCAACUUUAAAAUUCUUAGAAUAAGCAAAAUAAUAAAUUGCUUAAAGAUCUGACAAUAAUGAUAGUCAAUAACUCUAAUAACCAUACUUUUAACCUGAUAUUGAAGAUACUAGUAAAUCUAAGGUUUAAUAAAGUUUAUCUAUGGUAUCAUAACUAUAAAAUAAAACAAGUAAAACCAUUAAAUCUAGUGUCAAUAGAUCUAAUCAAUUAGCAUCUUCCUCAUCUAAUCAUCAUUCUAAUUAGUUAAGUCUUGAAAAGAAAUAAACAGAAACUAUGAGAAAGAGUGCUUACAAAUUAAAUGAAGAAUAGAAAGCUAGAACAUCAGCAAAAGAACUUGAUGUAAGUGAUGAUAUGAAAUUUGAGAGAUAGAAUUAUUAUGAAAUGAAAUUCAGUUAAAUUUUGUAAAGAGUUAUUGAUUAAAAGAAAAUUCAUGGAGGAGAAGAAUCUUAACAUUCUUAAACACUCUCCUAAGUUGAAUCUGAAACUGUUUAAAAAAUAACAUAAAAUUUGGUAUCCAAUAUCAUUAAUAUGCAUAAAAAUCCAACUCCAAUUAUGGAUCAACCUUCAACUUUCAAUUACUUAGAUGUUGACUCUGAUGAUUAAGAGAAAGCAACAUAAAGUAUUCCUGUUAUGAAAAAUGAAGAUGUUCCUGAAGAUGUACGCAGACAUCUCUCUUACAAUCGAGAUAUUUCUCAUUUAGAUCAUACAUUUAAAAUUGAGAGCCAAGUAUCUCUCUCUGACAAAAGAUUGAAUGAAGAAUAAAUUGCUAAUAUUAUCUAAUAGAUUUCACAAUAAUUACAAUAGGCUCAAAUACCUCCUGAUCAAAUUGAAAAGUAAUUAGAUGAAGUCACAAAUAUGUUACUUAAACAUCCUAUUAAUAAAUUAUCAACUAAAUUACUCAAAUAAUCCACAACCAUUCUAUAAAAUGAACCAAAUAGGAAGAUUUAUUUAGAGGAAACUAGAUAUCCAGCUAAACCACCUAAGAUUACUCAUAAUAAAGAUUAAAUUGAUUAUUUAAAAUUUUAUGAAGAAAAUGCUCCAUCAAAAUAAGAAAAAUCUAGGAAAAGUUAUAAAAUAUAAGAUAAUUCUAAAAGAUCCAAAUAAUCUGCUAUGCUGAAAAAUAUGUCUGAAGAUGAACGAAAACAAUUUUUGGAUUCUCAUAAAAUGAAUUUAUAAGAAAGAGCCAAUUCUUAAGAAAUGGAUGAAGAGUUAUAAUUUUUAUAAUCUGUGAUUGAUGAUUAGAAGAAAUAAAGAGAAUAAAUAUUCACAAAGAAAUUAUCUUAACCAAUUUAAUCAGGUAAGAACACAUCAAGAGAUUAAAUUGAUUUUGAUGAGUCAAGUGAAAAAUAAUAAAAUACAUUUCGAUCUCAUAAUCCACCAACUAAUAUAAAUUAUGAAUCUGAUUAAAUUAAAUAAGGAUAAACUGAAACCAAUUUUAAUAUAAGAAGACCCUAAAUCAAAUAAAAAACAGAUUAAACUUUCAAUAAGUCUGAUAAUGCUUAAUAAUUUUAAAUCUCAAGUUAAUAAGGUAAUACUUAAAGAUCAGAUCCAUAUAAAAGUAAGUCUAAAAGAUCAAAUCAGGAUGAUUAAUAAGCAUAUUAACAUGAAGGAUCAUAAUAAUCUUAUGGAACUUAUAAAAGUCUAAAAUAAGGGAAUAGGGAGAGUAGUGAUAAUAAUAAUGAAAAUAAAGAAAUUUAUUCUCCAAAUUUAUCAGUUGAAGAAGUACCUCAUUAAGAUGAAUAUGAUGGAUAAAGUGAAAAAGAAGAGGAAUAGAUUAUAGAAGAGAUUUAGCAAUAAAUAGAUGAAAAUGGAAAUACAAUUAAUGUGAUUACAAAGAGAACUAUUAAAUAGGUGACUGAAAGAUCAAAGAAGUCAGAUCCAAAACAAACUGAAAGAUCAAAGAAAUCAAAAUAAUAAUCUGAUUCAUAAACAUAAUAACUUUAAGUUAAUAAAUAAAAUCCAAGAGAAAAAACAUAAUAAUCUUAGUAUAAAGAAUAAGAAUAAAAUUAGGAUUAAUAGUAAUAAAAUUAAGAAUAAAAUAUUUUUUAAUAAUAAUAAUAAUCUAUUUAAAAAUAAAUAUCAAAUUAAUAAUAAUAAUAAAAUUAAUAAGAAUAAAUAAAUAUUAAUAAUAAUGAAGAUAAAUUAAUUAAAUUAAAUUUUCAACGUUAAGAUAGUAAUCAAAAUAUUGCUGAAAAUUCUUAAACAUAAUAAAUUUAUUAAUAAUAAUUAAGAAAUAGAACAAAUUUAUAAGAUAUAUAAUUAAAGAGUUUUUAACCUUCUUAAAAUUAAUCAUAGGUUAAUAGUAGUGGAACUCCUUAAUAAAAUAAUACUCCUCUUUAACCUCCUGGAAGAAAACAAGGAAGUAAGAAAACUAAGUUUGAAGAUUAAAGUAGUAAUAAUAAUAAUAGUAAUACACCUUAAGCAAAAUUUUAAAGAGUAAAGACAAAACUAUCAAGAUUUUAGGAAGCAGCUAAUAAUAAUGAUGAUGAAGAUUAUGAUUAUGAUUGGGAUGAUGAGGAUCCUAGUAAUAAAAAGAAGAAAAAUACUUCAAAAUCAAGUAAAUCUACUUUAAGAAAUGAUAUUCAAUCACCAUCUAUUUCUCCAAUGACAAAAUAAUAAAAUUAAGCUACAAUAGCAAAAAAGAAAGUUUAUGAUUUAAAAUAAGAAUAUGAAUUGAUAGCAAGAUAAAAUUUAAGUUUAGCAGAUCUAAAGAAAGAUAUAUAGAAAAAGAUUUCACAAUUAUAAAAUCCAGAUGAUGAGGCUAAAUAUAAUAUUUAUUUAUGUAAAUUUAUUUGAUUAAAAUUUUAGAUGAAUAACGUUAAAAGUAAUUAAAGAAUUUACCUUAAACAAUUGAAGGAUUAAUUAAUGAUAAAAGGGAAAAUGAGGAUGCAUGUGGUGAUACUAUAAGAAAAUUUCAUGAAAAUAGAAUGAGAUAUAAGGAUGUAAUUGAAAAGGAUUAGGCACUUAAGUUUACUAAUCAAAUAUAAUUAGAUGAUGAAUAGUAAACUUAAAUCAAUACACAAUCUCAUCUUGAUGAAUAUAUGAAAGAAGUAUAAAUGAAUAUAUAAAGAAUGAUAUAAUAAGUUUAAUUAGGUAAGCAAUGAAAUAAAAUUUAUUAGAAUAAAUGAGGGAUCAUCCAGAAGAAAGAAGAGAAUGUUUUGAUUAUGAUACGAGUAUUAUUAUAUAAAGGAAAAUGGAAUCAUUGACAAGUGAGAUUGUAUAAACACAAGCAUAAAUGAAAAUAUAUGAAGAACCUACUUAAGAGACUUAGAGGAAGACAGAAAAAUUAGAAUAAGAUACUGUAAUGUCAAAUUAGAUUGAUAAAAAAUUUGAAGUUUUGGCAUAGAAAUUAAGAGCUUUAAAAUUCAAGAAUCCAGAUAAAUUUAAUUAAAUUGUAAAUACAGAAAUUGUAAAAACAGAUUUAUUUUUAUCAACUACCAAACAUAAAUAUAUAUUAGAAUGA